AUGCCUCACAUUCAUGAUAACGCUGUUACCAAUGGCAUCAACGGCCACACAAAUGACUAUGAGCCAGUCAAUGUCAUCAUCCCCAUUGGCGGUAUCGGUUCCCGUUUUGCCAAGGAGGGAUAUCGGUUCCCAAAGCCCCUCAUCAACAUUGUUGGGCAGCCGAUGCUCCUAUGGUUGAUCGAAAACCUCAGCCUCCGCCCCAAAGACACUCUAUGGAUUGCUGUCAAUGAGCAGAUUGACCAUGAGUUCAGAAUCGGUCAGCUUGUUAGCAAGAACUUUCCGAAGGUCAAUAUGAAGCUUCUACUGCUGAGACAUCAGACGAAGGGUGCUAGUGAGACUCUAUACAUGGUCACCCAGAGCAUGACCAAAGAGCACCUGCGAUACCGAACUGUAUCUCUUGAUUGCGAUACAAUUUAUUGGAAUGACAUCUUGUCAUCUGUGCGGAAGCUACCCAGCGGCCAUGGUGGCUGCUUCUACUUCAUCGACCAGGGCGACAAGCCCAUCUUCUCUUACAUCCAGACAGAAAACGAAUCACCCGGCGCAGAGCGGAUUGUCGACAUCCAAGAGAAGAAAGCAAUCAGCAACAAAGCCAACACAGGAGCUUACGUCUUCCCCUCCGCCGCCGACCUCAAGACCUGGGCCGCUGAGAACCUCGACGUGAAACAUCCCGACGGUGCUGAAGUCGGCGAGUACUACACCUCACAAGUCAUCUCCAUGAUGGUCCAGAGCGGUGUUCCCUUCAUCGGCUUGCCUCUCCUGAAGAAGGACUUUGCUGUCGUUGGCACCCCAGAGCAGCUGCAGGAGCUUCUCGCUGCUCUUAAGAAAGACAACCAUAGCAUGCCUGCCACGUUGAAGAAGCGCAGGUUCUGCUUCGACUUGGACAUGACCCUCGUGGGAGUCCCCGCUGUUUCGGGUGAUUACUCAACCUGUCCACCUAUCUCUAAGAAUAUUCGUCUUGUGCAGCAGCUGUACAAGGCUGGUCACUACAUCAUCAUCCAAACAGCUCGCAGGAUGAAGACUCAUUCCGGCAACCCCGGCAGAGUCCUCGCUGACGUCGGUCUCGUCACCUUCAAACAGCUCUCAGACUACGAGAUCCCCUACCACGAGAUCAACUUCGGCAAGCCCUAUGCCGACGUCUACGUUGAUGACUUGGCUGUCAACGCCAAUCUCGACACCGCGCGUGAACUCGGGUGGAUCCUCGACGAGCCUGAAGUCACACCUCGUCUCGGCCAAGUACGUAGGAGUUCGGCCGAGGAUGUCAAGAAGGCUGGCAUGAUUGCCGCGCGCGACUUCAACACUGUCCAGAUCAUUAGGGACAAGGUCAUUAAGUCGAGCAAAUCUGAGGCUAUUCUCGGUGAGCUGUAUUUCUACGCUCACAUGCCGCCUACACUGUCUCGUAUCUUCCCUUCUGUUUAUAGCGUGGAUUACAUCCCCGCCACUUCAACCUAUAGCAUCACCAUGGAGAAUCGUCGUGGCCGCACAUUCUCACAUCUCCUCGUCGGGCGCUCAAUCACCAAAGGCCGGCUGACAAAAUUCCUGGAGACCCUUCACACUAUUCACACUGCACCAAAUACCACUUCACAGCCGGUCAUGGACGUCCCCGAGGCGCUUGAGGCUAAAUUUGCACCAAAGGCGCCUGGUGAUCACCCCAUCAACAUCUACGCCAACUACGGUACCAAGCUGCGCAGUAGGUAUUUCCAGCACCGCGAUCGCUACGAUGCGCUGGGUCCAUUAGCUGCCUCGCUAUUUGCGCGCCUAGAUGAGUUUCUCGACACAUAUGAGGCAGAGGAGAAGGGCGUUCACGCAAACGUCAUCCACGGUGAUCCCGUGUUUAGCAACGCCAUCAUUUCAGAUGAUGAGAGAACUGUCAGCUUCAUUGAUGUGAGGUGCCAGCUGGAGAACUAUCUCACUCCCGAGGGCGACAUCAACUACGAUCUCGGAAAGGUGUUACAGUCGCUGUGCGGGUAUGACUACAUCCUCUUCAUGAGCGCUAAUAACUAUGACCUCACGGGAGCCCUAGAGGAUGAUAAGCCGCUGUUGGAUGAGGCGGAUACUGAGUUGCUGAACGAGCUGCAGGAGCAAUUUUUCGACUUCCUCAAGAACAAUUAUUCUGUGAGGCUACAUCGCAAGACUCUGUUCCGUGUCACAGCUUCUCUUUUCUUCAGUCUAAUUCCUCUACACCGCAAGGAACUGGGAGCUGUAUUUCUGCGCAUGUGUAAGGAGACGUUGGAUAAAGCGGGUGGUAUUGGUUAUUAA